AUGUUCCUCUCAUGGUCUUUAGCCGCCAGUCCUCCGCCCGAACCACCUCAGCCUCCCAAGCCCAGAGUGCGAUCUCGCACGGGCUGCAACACCUGUCGACGAAGACGGGUAAAGUGCGAUGAAGCUCAUCCAACCUGUUUGCGAUGCAGACGGUCCAAGUAUCCAUGCAGCUAUGAGGUCCGCCUGCAGUGGGAGGAUGAGAUGCGUACAGCGGGGAAGUGUCAUGGACGAACAGGCGUUCAAUCGAAGGUAGACUCACUUGGACGCAAACGGUCGGCGGAUUCCGAUCUCAACCAGUGGACACGGGCCAGACGCAAAGGCCAGGACGAUACCUGUCAUGCCGAUAACAAUGAAAAAGUUGUGUCGAUCAGCUCUCCACUCACCUCACGAAGCUCGCAACAAACUAUCGUAGCCAGUGAACAGGCUCUAGAAUCAACCUACCAGCGUCGCUACCAUCAAUGGAAUCGGGUCAAAUCGCUGUUUCUGAGUAGGGCGCUGCCCACUCUACCUUGGAGUAUCGGAAUGCCGGACGUUGACCAUUUGUGUCUGUCCUUCUACGAAUCUGUCAUGUGCCCCGUCGCUGUCACUGUCGAUGAUGAGGACACUAAUCCUCUCCGCAGUACGGUUAUGCGUAUGGCUUUCAGGUCGGAGUUGACAUACUAUGCCGUUCUAAUGGCUAGUUCGCAGUACAUGCGCUCAUUCGACUCGCGAUACACAAUCUUGGAGAUGCAAGUGCGGCAGCGAGUGCUUGGAGGUUUACGGCAGGCAUUGGCACGGGAAUCUUGGGACACUGAAGAUAUCUCUGCCAGUUGUGACUCGUCUUGGGUCCGUCAUUUCACUUGCUUCCAGCUCCUUGUCAAGAGGGCCGCUCAGGGAAACUUGUGCAAGUCGAUCUUGCACCGAUUCUUUGUCAGUUACUUUUCAGCCCAUCUGAUCUUCGCCAAGUCAAUGUUUUCUGUUGAGGAUAUCCUGCCUGUUGUUGAGCCACCGGUCUACCUUGACACCAAGUCCCCAUUGAUUUGCACUGGAAGCUCGCACAAGAGCUCUUGGACCUCAACAACUGCCUUGCUGGGCGUGAUGGAGUCAACCACUCUUCACAACAUUGACAUCUGGAACGGUCUCAGCAAUCACCUUCUUCUCCUGAUUAAUGACAUACUGAGUAUCAAAGAUGACGUGCUUGCUUUGAAACAGUCUCAGAAUUUCAACACACCAACCAUGAUCAACGCGGCCCGGACUUCUAUCGAAACGAAGAUAGUAGGCUUGAAAGCGGGCCUUGGCAGUGUCACGCAGCUACUUCCGAAACCACUAGGAGGUCACCACAACGCUAGCGAAAUUGCACAUUCAUACCGCUUAUUAGAGAACACAGGCGAGGCAUACCGUCUUGCAGCUUGUCUGCUUCUUUCUGAAGCCUCGAAACCCUCAUUUCUAGGCUUCACGUCGAUCACUAUCAAAGAACUGGACUCUGCACAAGAGGAGGAUUAUAUCAGCAAAAUCUUCACUUUGGUGGAUAAGAUCGUAUCAACAUUGGACUUUUUACCCAUCUCCUGGCCUCUAUGGCCCCUUUUCAUCGCCUCAUGUUGUAGUGACCAGGACUCGCAGGCACAAGCCAAGGCCUUAGCGUUGUUUCGCAAUGCGCGAGAGAAAGCGCCUUACGAAAAUACAGUACGAGCACAGACAUUGGUGGAGCUGCUGUGGCAACGCCGUACGCUGAAUCUAAACGGGGCAUCACGAAUGCGUAUCGGCCGCUUUGAGUGGGAGGUGGUGAUGGAAUUUUUAGGUUGGCAGACAAGUUUUGCUUGA